CAUAACAUGAAGUGGCCUUCAUGAUCGUCAGAAGUCAUCUCAACAGCCAGAUGUACUACGGGGAGGAAGACCUGACAGUGCUUGCCCUUCUUACCGUUGCUAUCGAACGCUAAGCCAGUAUCGCUCAGUAUGGCAACAAGGAAACCACUCGUUGUCGCCCUUGGUGACCCUAAAUAUGCCGGUCAAGAGUUCCUCGAUGAAUUCAAGAAAGACUUCGACUUCGAGAUACUGCCCGCCACAAACCGUAAGGAGACCCAGGAUCUCCUACCCCAACUCAUCGCCAGACGAGGCCCCGUCGAUGCAUUCAUCAUCCGUAUGGGAACGCCGCCAUAUGAGCCCUUCAACGAGGAUCUUCUUGGCUCUCUCCUCCCACACUGCAAGAUCAUCACUUCCGCCAGUGCAGGCUUCAACGAGUUCGACGUCGACUGGAUGACUCGGAACAAGAUUUGGUUCUGCAACACUCGCAACGCCGUCGCCGAAGCCACAGCCGAUAUGGCACUGUUCCUCAUCCUAGCUGUCCUUCGUGAUACCACUCGGGCCGAGAAGGGCGCCAGAAGCGAUUCUUGGAAAGCAGGUCUCGUACCAUGUCGAGAUCCGACUGGCAUGACCUUGGGAAUAGUAGGAAUGGGGGCUAUUGGGAAGUACACAGCUCGCAAAGCGCUCGCCUUCAAUAUGAGGAUACACUACUACAACCGGCACCGCCUCUCGCCCGAGGUGGAAGCGGAGUACCACGCGACAUACCGCCCUACACUGCACUCCCUCCUGGCGCAGUCCGACGUGGUUUCCCUGUCGUGCCCUCUCAAUCGCGAGACUACAAACCUUAUAUCCAAGGCUGAAUUCGCCGCCAUGAAACACGGGUCUUUCCUGGUCAACACAUCCCGCGGCGCUGUGGUAGACGAGGAAGCGCUGAUUGACGCAUUGGAGUCAGGCAAGAUCACUCGCGCAGGGCUCGAUGUGUUCUGUAACGAGCCAAACAUCAAUCCGUACUUCAAGACGAGCAAUAAGAUCAUUGCUCAGCCUCAUAUGGGUGGGCUGACGGACGUGGCAUUCGAAAAGUCCGAGAGGGAGUGUUUUGAGAAUAUCAGGAGUUUGUGGAGGACCGGACGACCGGUGGCGCCAGUGAAUGAGGUGGUGGAUGGACUCUAGCUGUGGGUGGGAACAAGAUGGUAUCGAUUCCAGGAUCGACAGACCAUAGCCAAACACGUCAAGGACCAGAGCACGAUGAAGUCGGGAUUUUGGGGACCCUGGAGACAUUGUGUGACACGCGCAGCAGCAGGCUGCACUGCGGAAUGAGGCAUGGUUGAUUGACCCUACCCGUCUGGCGUUCUAACACAGGCAAGAGUAGCAGCCGAGCCGACCAUCGUACUGAUGCGUGUGCGGCGACAGGGUGUACUAGGGUCUCAUGGGUAAGUCGUGUAAUUUGGCGCUAGAAUGCCAUUCGACGACAACAGCAGCGAGGACAGUUUAUGGGAUAGGCGGGCCGCCUCCCCAAGGCGAGGUCAAUGACUAUUUGUGUGGCAGGAGGGCGUCGUGUUGAAUGCGAG